GGACCAUCAACUUGUCAUACCAAAUAUCUUCUUAACUUGAAGCUGGCCACUCACUCGCCAUACGCAAGGCUGAAAUGAUCUCCAUGGGUCUCAAACGCAAAUGGGAAGAUGCAGAAUAUGAUUCAGACGACGAUGAACCAUCUUUUGGAAAACAAAUAUUACCCGUGGCCAAUCUACCUAUGAACUUUGAUCGCGAGCCAGAAGAUGGACUGGAGUAUCUGUUCACGGUCAGACGUGAUGCACGACGGCUACCGCACGUCACGAGGGUCACUAACCCGUAUGAACUGCCUGAACCUGUCCCGCCGCUUGAUUUCGUGCAACCCGAGAGCUCACACAGCAACCUUCCCUCGGAACUUUGGCGCUCUACUUUCUUAACACACUUUCGAAAUCUCAGGAAGAAUAUCGCUCAACCAACCAUCCACGUGCAUAUCGACCCUCAUGGGUCACGGAAGGCUAUGCCAGAUAAGAAAGAAAGAGACUUGUGGUGGACAUUUCUUGCCGGUUCACCGGAGUCGGACUGGAACCCACCCAAAAAAACAAAGAAAAUGCCGAAGAAAAAUAGAUCCUCCGGUCGUGUGUCAGCAUUUUGCGACGAGUUAGAGGUGGAAUAUGGCACCAAUGACCAGAAAAAUUGCUACGAAAUUCACGAGACUUGGCGUAUCAAUUCAGAGGGUGACGUUGAACUCGCGGAGGAUAACCUAGCAGAUACGCCAUCAUCCGCAGUUCAGACACAUUCAAAUGCUUUUGGAUUAUCCAUGUCGCCAGCGGAGACAGAAUUCAGAAACACGAGUCCCCUAUCGACUCUUCCAGGCCCGGAACAGCUUUGUAGCUCUCGUGAGAUCACCCCUUCAUUGCUGCGAAAAAUAGAUCAUAAUUUGUCCCUUCACCUUCUCAUGUACUUCGCACACUGGAUGAACAUCCACCUGCAACAUCCCACUGAACCAACCUUUACGAUCCUCGAGAGUCAUGCACGUUGGAUGUUUGCGUUGUUGGCUAAAGUGGAAGACUUUAUCUCAGCAGAUGACAUGAGUCAACUUAGGAGCCUAGCCCGCGCUUGUUUGGAGCUACUUGUUCGGCGACAGAAAGCCGAGGAACCUGGAGUGCCUGAUAACAUGUCAUCUAAGAUUGCCAUGUCUGAAACAUCGUGUUGGAUAAUUUUCACUGCCAUCUCUGGCAUAUGGGGACAACGUGAUCUUUGGCGGGACGCGGAGACGUUAUUGGCGAGUACUUAAUGUCACAAUGCUAUAUUACUGACUGCCUUAGAGCUAAUUCAAUGGCAAUUAUCCGUGCUAAGCGGACUGCUGCUUGAGCUCGUGUGCACGGCAAGACGGGAACCUCGUUAUUUGUGGACUCUCGCUUUCAGUUUCAGGUCGCAAACAUGAUUGUAAUUGUGUUUGACGCGCGAAGUAAUGAACGACCGGUA